AUGGAUGUCACAAACAUAUCCGGGCGGGGAAGUUAUGAGGUCCGUGUGGCACAAGCGGUGCCCCGACUGGACGUUCCGAAGCAGGAAAAAGGAGACCACACACGGAUUGACCCCGACCGGGCGGAUGGCGAUCCCGUGGAGUUGCACGCCACCGUUACGUUGCACCUGCAACAGGAAAGCAAUCAACUAUCGCAUCCAUGGUUGAGCAGGUCAAGUCAAGUGCAUUGGUUCCGAGAACGAAUCUGGAAGGAGCAUGAGCUGGUUAACGUCAUGAAUUUGACUAUCAAGAAGCAGCGCAGCAAAGUCUCUGGUUUCACCAGUAUCGUCUACAACCCCAUCCCGGUCCGCAAGUUCGCUUGUGGACGGGCGAAAUUCCACCAUUGA